AUGUUAACAAAGUCCCAAUAAUGUAUUUAUUAAGUGAUUUAAUUAGUUUUUAGACAGAUUGAUCUGUUCGGACAAAGCAUUUCCCUAAAUUUAAAUGGAGAGGAUCUAUACAAAACAGGUGGAGGAGGGUUUUUAUCUUGCAUGAUCGUGGCCAUUGUUGCUAUAUUCUUUUAAUCAAAUAUAAUCGAUUUCUUAGGAAAGACUAAUAUCUCUGCAGACUCUUAAAUAGUAUUCGAAGAAAACCCUGAUAGACUUAAAUUUACUUCAGAUAAUUUUAUGUUUGCUGUUUCAAUCGAAUAAAGUACAGCCUUCAAUACAAAUCCAUUUUUUAACAUUUCAAUAAAAGCAAGGUAAAUUCAUUUAACAAAUUAAGAACUUAUGUAAGAUUGAGCAAUGGAACAACAAUAAAAUAUGAAAAUCUAACCAAUUUGAUUCCAUGUACUUUGGAUAGAUUUCAAAAAAUAUUCGAUAAAUAUGAUCUUAAUUUUACAGAUCAAUACAAUUAAUUAGGAUUGUCCACAUGGCUCUGUCCAGAGUAUUAACUAUAUAAAUUACAUAGUCUUAAUUACUCUUUAACAGUCGGUGGAAGAUAUUCAAGCGAAUAUUUAGACUUUGCCAAAAUCGAAAUAACCGAUUGUAAAAAUGAUACUUCUAAAAAUGCCUAUUUAACUUGGCAUCCAUCAUGUGCAUCCAAGGAUGUUAUGGAUAAAUAUUUGUCAAGUGAAGGUUCUUAUAGAAUAAGAAUGUACAUCAUUUAUUUUUUUAAGUAGAUAUAUGACAAAUACAGUGGUCAAUCCAUCAAAGCCUACAGAUUACAUUCAGGGCUACUUGGAUGAUGAAGUCUACUUUUAAUUUGUUCCUACUAAGCUAUCUCGGUAAUCAGAUAUAUUUUUUAAAAAAUACCAAAUACGCACUGAUUAAAGUUUAGUUCCAGUAUUUGAUGAUGAAUAAAUUGAAAAUGUAUUUACGAAAGAACCUGCAGAUUUUAGAGAUAUAACCACUCUAGGAUCACCAACAGACAAAUAAUAUAUAGCUUUGUAUUUUAGAAGAAGUCCUUACACAAAAUAUAUCACAAGAUAAUUUUAAAAAGUAGAUGACCUAUUGUCAUACUUAGGUGGAUUUGUUAAUAUAGUCGUUGUAUUUUUGGGUUUUUUUGUUGGUUUCUAUAAUAAAUAGCAAUGUAAAACUUAUUAUUCAAAUAUUGUAUAGAUCUAAUAGAACUUGCUAAUAAAGUUUAUGACUUUAAUUUUGACAACAGCAAAAAUCCCUAAAAGCUCUAAAAUGAUGAUUUGGUUAAAUAAAUCACUCAGAUUAAGAAAAAGACCUAGAAGUUUAAAGCUUUGGAAAAAGUAGAUUCAGGUUUGCCUCAUAAAAAGUCACUCACUUAACCUUUAUAGGAUGAUGAAAUAAAGAUACAAGUAUUUAAUGAAGAAUCUCCUCAUAAUUCAUUAAACUAGAAGCAGAUGAUCAAGAAUACAUCCUCUGAAAUUAAGUCAGAAUUUCAAAAAUAAUAAGAAGAAAUUAUCUCUAAACUUGGUUUUAAGAGUCGGAAAGAAUAUUUAACAUCUUAGAUUUCUUAGGUUCUCACUAAAGCUAGGCCCAUUUAAUUUACUUUUAAAUUCCUUUGCCAUCAAAUGACUGGGGGAAGAUGCUUUAAAGACAAUACUUCUAUACUUCUUAUGAAGGCUGUGUAAAUUUUCAAAUUAAUUUAUUAAUAGAGAUAAAAUAAAUUCUGACAUUGAUAUAUACGUUAUUUUGGAAAAAGUUAAAGAAAUCAAUCUAUUAAAAGAAUUAAUGCUUGAUAAAAAUUAAUAAAUUCUAUUUAAUUUUGCUCCAAAAUAGGUUAUUACUCUAAAAGAUGAAAAAAAACUCCCUAGUAGAGUUGAAGUCUAUACGUAAUCUUCUAUUAUAAGUUAGAUAAAAAUUGACAGAAAAUUCGAAUUAAUCAAUGUCUGUUGGCAAUAUUGCAUAGUUGGCUAUGAAGAAACAUACGGAUGCUGUAAAAGCAGCUAUUCCUGUAUCUGUUAAAGCAUAUCAAAAACUAUAUAAGGUAUAAAGAUAUUAUUGAGAAGGCUUAUGAUAAAAUAAAUGAUCCUUAAAAGGAAUUAGGUAGAGUAAAUCAUAUACUAAUUGAAAAAUUAGGGAAAGAAAUUCGAGAUAUUUUUGAAGUUUCUUAAUUCAUAGAUUUUGAUCUUGUGGAAUAAAAAUUGAGUCAUAGAGUUAAAUAUAUACUUAGAAAGAAAGUAAAAUAAAUGAGGCAGAGCAAAUCAAAAUCUGCGUUCAAAAAAGACUUUGAUGAGGAAUCCUCCGAUAAUGUAGGGCUUUUUAGUUAAGAAAGGAAUAAACCUGAAGACAGUGAAAUAUUGCAGAGAGAAAUUUUAUUCCCUCAUCGAAAUUUGUGA